AUGACAGCCCAAUCAAAGCAAUCAACACCCGAGAAGACGUUCACGUGUCCAGAGUGUAGCCAGACCUUCAGCCGCCCACACAAUCUUAAAUCACAUCUCACCAUCCACUCCGCCGAACGACCAUACGAGUGUAGUGUUUGUAGUCAUCCAUUCCGUAGACACCAUGACCUCAAACGACAUCAGAAACUACACACCGGAGAACGUCCACAUGUUUGCCAAAACUGUAGGAGAUCAUUCGCUCGUCUCGAUGCCUUGAAUAGACAUCAAAGAGCCGAAGGUGGC